AUGAAUGGCAUGCAAACUGCUCAACAGCUACGAGAAAAAGGCAAUGCUUUGUAUAAAAGCGGGAAACUUACUGAAGCUAUAAAAUCCUACCAAGACGCUGCUCAUCACGCUGGAAACGACGACUAUCUCCCAUGGUCAAACCUCUCAGCAGCCUACUUUGAGGCUGGUCAGUAUGAGCAAUCGGCUGAAAGCGCUCUGCGCGCGCUGGCACUUUGCAGCAAGAACGACAGCAACCAGAAUGAGGCUACCAACCUCGAAAGGAAGCUUGCCCCCCGCGUGAUCCGCGCAUAUCUGCAUACCCACCAGUAUGCCAUGGCUAGGCUGUGGCUCAAAAGGUAUGGGGCUUCCGCCGCUGCCGACGAGUCGCUCCAGUAUCAGGCAUCUCUAGAUCAAGCCGAGGCAGUGAGGGAGGCAGCGCCGGAUGAGAAAAGGUUUCGGCGGGAUCUUCAAGCAAAAGUUCCUCGCUAUAGACCUCAGUACGACGUCUACCACGAAUUCUACAACGUGGGCCACGAUGAAAUCAUAGACAUGCUAGACUUUUCGAUGCUUUCAGACUUGAAGAAAGACGUCUCCAUGUUCUUCGCCGGCAUCGGUGACGCUCGCCACUUUUACGGCCAGCUCGUGAUCCUCAACAUGACCUCUGAGCGCAUGGCCGCCCCCUCGCCGGUUAAACGGCGGUAUCAUUUCAGCAUGAACGACAGGAAAGCCGGUACGUUUGCGCGCAACCUUGUGCUGUUCGUCCUCUUGGACGAGCUCGCCGUGAAUAAGAACAUGCCGCAGGCCCAGAGGACGGAGCUGUACACGGUUGUGUACUUUUUGUUCCUGGGCGCCAUUAUACCGCGCUUUGUGGUAGCCCGCCUUGAUAGCGUUAUUGACAUGGUCAUUGAAAGGCUUGAAAAUAGUGACCCUGGCACGACUACUGCUGUUCUUCCCUGGGUCCAGGUGUACGCCCCGGACCGGCCGGAGAUCUUGCGUGCGCUCAAGUCGUGGAAGAGUGAUGGUUCGCUCACGCCCCAGUUCAGCACCGCGCGUACCAUGGAAUUGACCGUGAUGGGGUUGGGUAUGCAUAGGGCAAUGAUGUCGGAACAUCGAGCACCGCCGGGCUGCCAAAAGGAGAUGGAGACGUUCUUCGAGGUACCGUUUCUGCAGCCGCCGCGGAGUAUGUUGAAAGAGCACGAACCGGAGCUGCUAAAGCUGUUGGACGGAGCAGCCUCGGUGCAGAAGCUGGAAACCUAUCUCACUGCCAACUGGGCUACAAACCCGACUCUGCUCGACGAGGACUGGCAUGUAAAGGCAGGAUGCGAUAUCUACACGGGUUGGGAUCCGUUCGAUACCUACCAAGCCUUGCACCAAAUCCUAUCCUUACAGGAAAAAGGAGGGCCCCGGAAGACGAAGCUGUUUGACCACGUGUCUUACUUUUUCCAGAGCAUAGUCGUGGCUCUCCGCAGAAUCCGUGGCCGGCUCACAACCGAGUUUCUCCUCGGCGAUGCUGCUGAUGUCAUUGAUGCAGUGCGCCACGGACUCAUCGAGAGCCGCGAUGCCACAGCGCCUGCUGCCUUUGAUAUGGUUCAUUUGUCCAAUGUGCCGGAUUACAUCGGUGGCAGCUUUUUCACAUUCACGACCGCGGCCAAGAUCCUGAAGAACUCGCAGGCGGCAAAACUCAAUACCACCUGUCUACGCAACACGUCGCUGUGGCAAUCUCAAGACGAGUUUCACUGCGAGUACAUGGCAGUAAGCGACACGAAGAUGCUGUCUCGCGUCACCGACCUGCACUUGACCGGCAAGGAGGAUGAUGAUCCCCUUGACCCCAUGUCAGGAUACAUGGAAUGGAGACGGAGUCGCCUGGUGAAACCAGUGCUGCCGUACGAGGAUCUACUUCCGCGCGCCGAGUUGACGCGGUUUUUGCACAUGCAUUUCUUCAAACUGGCGCUGCCUCGCGGGCGGAAAUCGUCGGACGACAAUUACCACGCCUUUAUACACCCAAAUCUAAAUCUGACCUGUUUCUUCCGUCUUUUGAUCCAUCUCCACGAGCUAGGGUAUCCGGCACACUGGCUUGCGGAUGUAUUGGGCAAGAUACUGGACAACCAAGUCGUCACAACAGCACGACCACCGCGCUCACUUCCUCUACAGCCUCGAGAGCUUUCCCACCACAGCAACGCGCCAGCAGAAGUGUGUGUUGGGCCAUUCGUCGGCGAAAUGUCAACACUCACCGUUUUGUUCCAGCGUAUCCUCCCAUUUACCCCUUUUAGUAAUGCUUUGCCAUCUGUCGACAUGGUUCACCAAUACAGCAUGCAACUCAACUGGCUCGGACCGCCCAAAAACAACGACGCGGCCGCCAUGGUCCUUUUCUUCUUUGACUUGGAAACUCACUAUCCUGGCGACAACAUACGCGAUGACCUCGACUCUUCUUAUUCUUCUUUUUCUUCUGCCUCACGGUCAAACGCGUUGAAACAGUUCCGAGAACACGGCUCCGUCGUGAUAACAAGUUUUACCUAUACCGGACUGCAAAACAGCCGCACUGUCAGAUUCUGGAUGAGAGAGGACAUCAUGGACCGAAUCUGCGAGCAAAACGAGCAUUGGUCGUGCGCGGUGUGGCGCGUGGAUGACUGGCAGCGACUUACCACGUUUCCUGAGGAUGUGUCUCUCCUCGUCAAGGAGAAAAAAUGGGUGGAUGGCAAAUCCUGA